UUUGAACAACAUUCCAAGCAGUGUCUACAUUAGAUCAUUAGCAAGUCAAAAUUGUGAAAAAAAGAAGUAAAAGGGAAUGAUGAACAGGUGUGUGUUCUUGUUCUUGAUGGUACUAUGUUUAUUGCACAAAGGACAAGCUAUAUGGUUGACUGUACCAGCGACUGGAACAAAGUGUGUGUCUGAAGAACUUCACAAUAACGUUGUCGUUUUGGCUGAUUACUUUGCCAUCUCUGAUGAUCAUCACCAUCCUAACCCCACUGUUUCAGUCAAGGUCUCCUCACCAUUUGGGAACACCCUUCAUCACAAGGAAAACAUGACACAUGGUCAGUUUGCCUUCACAACAACUGAGACAGGCAACUAUCUAGCAUGUUUUUGGGUUGAAGAUGGUCAUAAUCCAGGAGGUGGGAGCUUAACUGUUAGCCUUGACUGGAAAACCGGAAUUGCUGCCAAGGAUUGGGAAUCGGUUGCCAAAAAGGAGAAGAUAGAGGGUCUUGAACUUGAGCUGAGAAAGCUUGAGGGAGCUGUGGAGGCCAUUCAUGAAAAUUUGAUUUACUUAAAGACCAGAGAAGCAGAGAUGCGGUCGGUUAGUGAAACAACUAAUGCGCGGGUGGCUAGCUUUAGUAUAGCAUCCUUGGCAGUCUGUGGCCUGGCGGCAGUUUUACAAAUUUUGUAUCUGAAACGAUAUUUCCGCAAGAAGAAGCUAAUUUAGACUUUCUUUUGUUGAAAUUACAUUCGAUAUGGCAGAGAAAAUCUUAGGACUAGCAUCAUUUGGCACUUUUUUGUGAAGCAAAGAAUUAUUUUUACUAUGUGAUAUUAGUGGAUCUAGCUUUUACUGUA